AUGUCGCUGUUCGGCCAAUCGAAGCCGCUGGGCUUCGGCGGCCUUUUUGGUCAAUCGCCAACCACACAACAGACACAACCUGCGCAGCAGACAGGCAGUGUCUUCGGCCAGACCAUGGGCAGCCAGCAGCCCGGCGCGCUGGGCAACUCGAUGACGGCACAGCAGCAGCAAGUUCAGCAAAUGCCGGCCCUGGCGCAGUCGCAAGACCAGCUUUCAAGCUCACUGUGGCAGCCUGGCAAAGAAACGCCUCACCAAAAACCAAUCCUCGAUCAAAUCAAACUCGUCACCGAGAAAUGGGACCCCGCAAGCCCGAGCUGUGUCUUCAAGCACUACUUUUACAAUAAAGUCGACGAAGCCCAUAUCCCCUUCUACAAGCCCCAACCCCACGAAGACCCUCGCGAGUGGGAAGAGGCACUCCAGAACAAACCCGCCCCGGGGUUCAUGCCCGUCCUCUGCUGUGGGUAUGGCGGCGUUGCGGACCGUCUCAAGACACAAAAGCGCGCCAUUUCUGAAUUCAAUACGCGUCUGCACCAGAUCAAUGGCAGUCUGGAUGCCAUCUUGCAGCGUCAUGAGUUGGAGACGGAAGUGCGGGCCUUGGCGGCGCGGAGACGGCAGACUGCCAUCAGCGAGAGAUGUUUGGCCCUAGCCGCAAAGGUACAGGUCUUGAGGAACCGCGGAUACGCAUUGAGUGGUGAUGAGGAUGACUUGAAGAACAGGCUGCAGACGUUGGAACGUGAGGUGCAGGAUCCUGCGUUGGGAGCCAGAGAGGAGGAGCUGUGGAGCCGGCUGAUUGUGUUGAGAGCGUAUUCAGAUCGCUUGAACAAGGAACUGGAUAAACCUGCUGGCCCGGACGGCGAGGGUCUGGACCCGGAGACCGAGGCAAAGGCAAAGAGGGUUCUGGAAGACUACGAGAAGCAGCUGCAGCACCUGAAGAAAGAAGUGGAAGCGUUGGCUGUCGAUUUCGAGGAGUGGGAGAAGAGCCGCAAUGCCAGCUUGAAAAUAAGAUGA